AUACACCAUUAUCAGAUUUUAUUCACAAUGAUAUUACUCAUAAUGAUAUUACUCACAAUGAUAUUACUCACAACGAUAUUACUCACAGUAAUAUUACUUACAAUGAUAUUACUCACAGCGAUAUUACUUACGAUAAUAUUACUCACGACGAUACUACUCACGAUGAUAUUACUCAUGAUGAUAUUACUUACGAUGAUAUCACUUACGAUAAUAUUACUUACAAUGAUAUUACUCACAGCAAUACUACUCACGAUAAUAUUAUUGACAAUGAUAUUACUCACAAUUAUAUUACUCACGAUGAUAUUACUUGUAAUAAUAUUACUUACAAUGAUAUUACUCACAACAAUAUUACUCUUGACAAUAUAACUCACGAUGAUAUUACUCACAACAAUAUUACUCAUAAUAAUAUUGAAUCAUCUGAUUCUACUUAUGAAAUUAUUGAUCUAUAUAAUUCUAUUAAUGAAAAUAUUGAUACUGAAUUGUUCAAUUCUAUUUCUGAAGAUGAAUUAUCUAAUUUAACUUCUGAAGAUGAAGUUCCAUCGUCAGUUACAUCAUUUGAAACAAAUACAUUAGCUGAAAAUUCAUCUUGUGCAAGUUUUAGUCAACAUGCACAAUUAAGAGAGGCAGCAAAUAGACACGUUUAUGCAAAAAUCAUUAAGUUUUCUUAUGCUAAAUAUUCUUUAUGUUCCAUACUAGCUUAG